CGCCAUCCUACGUGGCUCUCUCUCCCUCUCUCUCUCUCUCUCUCUUUCUCUCUCUCUCAUGAUCAGAAAUUUCCUGGAACGCGGCCACCCCAACCAGGAACCCACCUCCGCAUAUCCCUCACCCUAUAUAUCACACAAUCUUCUUCCCCUUUCAGAUCUCUGCCUCUGUUGAAUAUCUCUGCAGCCUCCCCUCGGCUCCGAACAACGAACCCCACCCGCCACCUCUUUCACGCGCAAUUCAAUAUAUAUACAGUAUUUCAGACUUCAGAUAGAUAGAGAGAGAUAAUGGGGAACUGUUGUGGGCGAGAAUCAUCGGCUGUAUGGGCCGGAGAUGACUGGGAGUCGCCGGAACCAGAUAACGAGGGCCCUGAAUAUCGCCGGAGCUUGUCCAACAGCAGAAACCAAGCUGAGAAAGAGAAGCUCCUCGGAGAUUUUAAUAAUGCUAGUACUACCGGCAGGCUCACUUCAUCAUCCUCUUCUUCUUCUUCUUCUUCUUCUUCGUGUGGUACGAGGGAGGUGAAGAUAAAGAUCUCGAGAAAGAAGCUGGAGGAGCUGGUGGGAAGCGGGGACGCGGAGGGGUUAUCGCCGGACCAAGUUCUGGCCCGGCUUGUCAGCUCCGGCGGCGACCCCGGUGAGAUGAUGCUCCAGCAGCGGUCGUGGAGGCCGGCUCUGCAAAGCAUUCCGGAGGUCAAUUAAGUGAUGGCCCGAUCCCACCCUGACUCCGAGAUGAGGUCUCUCCGAUGAGUACACGUCAAGGUUCAUGCGCACAAAUUCUCCAACGUGUUACCGGCGCACGUUAUCAUUACUCGCUCUAUAUAUAUAUCAGGAAAUUACUGAGUUGUCACCAGCCCACAUGGCCCGCGUGGCAGGAUCAGAGCGAAUGUGAUCAUGUUUGAACCACUUUGACAAUGAUCAUAAAUGUUUGGGCUAUAACACUCUCUUAUAUAAUAUUUUAUAGGUAUUUUUUUAAGUUUUCAUAAGCACAUUUAAUAUAUCGGCUACAAAAAAACUCCAUCUCUUUCUCAUAAAUAUUAUCCUCGAGCAUCUAGUUAACAUAGAUGGUAAGAUGUACUUGUCAAGAAGUUUGUUAUUAUUUUUUAUUUUAAUAGUGUAUAAAUGAGAGCUAUAUGUAGGAUGGUGAAAAAUCAGGCAUAUAAUUUUUGUUUGUUUUUCUUUUUUGAAUGAAUAGGAAUGUAAAUUUUGUUAUAUGUAAGUAGAUUACAGUCAAUGUACAAAUAUUUUUAUAUAUUCUUAUCAUUGCAUUAA